AUGGCAGUUGCUACGUUUGGCUCAACGUGUUCUCCAGCUUCUGCACAGUAUAUCAAGAACCUUAAUGCAGAAGAGUGCUCCAAGGAGUUUCCUCGAGCCGCUCUAGCUAUAAAGAACAAACACUACGUAGAUGACUACCUAGACAGUUUUCGAACAAUCAAGGAAGCCAUCGAAGUAGUUAACGAAGUGAAGUUAGUACAUUCACUGGGUGGAUUCACUCUCCGGCACUUCCUAUCAAACGAUGCCGAAGUUCUGGAGGGUAUCUGUGCAACUCCAACGCUAGAACCGAAAAGCAUGGAUCUUGAACGAGGUGACAAGUCGGAAUCGGUGCUUGGCAAAAAGUGGAUUCCUCGUGACGAUGUGUUUGUGUACAUGCUUGGACUCAGAGAAGAUCUUGAGUACAUAAUUGCAAAGGAUCACAUUCCCACAAAAGGAGAGAUUGCCCGUGUAAUAAUGAGUAUGUUUGACCACCUUGGGUUCAUCGCCUUCUUCCUUGUGCAUGGCAAAAUCCUAUUGCAAGAUACUUGGGCAAAAGGUAUUGAGUGGGAUCAAAGGAUACCAGAUGAUAUCAACGCACGCUGGCAGCAAUGGUCAAACCUCUUUCAACAACUAGACAACCUUCGCAUCCCCCGAUGCUAUUUCCGGUCACCUAUCCCGGAAAGUUUUAGCGGACUUCAACUCCAUCUAUUCGUCGACGCCAGCGAAUCCGCUUAUGCUUGCGCUGUAUAUUUUCGCUUGGAGACAGACACGGGUACCCAAGUAUCACUUGUUGGAGCAAAAACUAAAGUAGCUCCGUUGAAAACGCUUUCGAUUCCCAGACUAGAACUAAAGGCAGCCGUCUUAGGAGUUCGUCUACUUAACACUAUCCAAAACCAACACGAGUUCCCAAUUUGUCGCCGCUACUGCUGGAGUGAUUCUGGAACAGUGCUCGCCUGGAUUCGUUCCGAUGAUCACCGACGAUUCCAUAAAUUCGUCGGUGUCCGAAUUGGUGAGAUCUUGACGUCCACGGUGCCUUCAGAAUGGAAAUGGGUUCCAACGAAGCUCAAUGUCGCCGAUUUAGCUACGAAGUGGGGUACCGGUCCACAACUAACCAUGGACAAUACUUGGUUCCAAGGACCAUUUUUCAUCCACGACUCGGAGGAUAAAUGGCCACAGCAGCGACCGAGCCUUCCGACAGUAGAAGAACUUCGACCGGCCCACUUACAUUUAGUUUGCUCGAUUUAG